GGCCUGUUCUCUCACCGCAGCCUCCUUCCUGUUGCCCGCUUGAGGAAGUAAAUUUCGCUGACAGGGCUGGGUUCACAGAGAGGGAGAGGCGAACAAAACAUCUUCCGCGGGGGAUUAAAAAACAUCAUAAUAAGAAGAGACCGGAGGAGUGUGUUGUUAAGUCACAGAAAACCUAGGUGUACUGUCAUCGGUGAAGUCAAGUUCCCUGCCCCGCUGAGAACGCCGCAGACAUGAAUGACCAGCAGCUGGACUGUGCUCUGGACCUGAUGAGGCGUCUGCCUCCUCAGCAGAUUGAGAAGAACCUCAGUGACCUCAUUGACCUGGUGCCCAGUCUGUGUGAGGACCUCCUCUCUUCUGUGGACCAGCCCUUGAAGAUCGCCCGGGACAAGGUGGUGGGGAAAGACUACCUGCUCUGUGAUUACAACCGGGACGGCGACUCCUACAGAUCCCCGUGGAGUAAUAAGUACGAACCUCCCAUUGAAGAUGGCGCAAUGCCUUCAGCUCGCCUGAGGAAACUCGAAGUUGAAGCCAAUAAUGCCUUCGAUCAGUACAGAGACCUGUACUUUGAGGGUGGCGUGUCCUCUGUGUACCUUUGGGACUUGGAUCAUGGCUUUGCUGGAGUUAUUCUCAUUAAAAAGGCAGGAGAUGGAUCCAAGAAGAUCAAAGGAUGCUGGGACUCUAUUCAUGUGGUGGAGGUGCAGGAGAAAUCCAGCGGUCGUACUGCCCAUUACAAACUCACCUCCACCGUCAUGCUGUGGCUCCAGACAACCAAGACCGGUUCUGGUACCAUGAACCUGGGCGGCAGCCUUACAAGACAGAUGGAAAAAGAUGAGACAGUCGGAGAGUCUUCACCCCACAUUGCCAACAUCGGCCGCCUUGUUGAAGAUAUGGAGAACAAGAUUCGCUCCACGUUGAAUGAAAUCUACUUUGGGAAGACCAAGGACAUCGUCAAUGGCCUAAGAUCUAUUGAGUCUUUGCCUGAUAAUCAAAAGUACCGGCAGCUCCAGAAGGAGCUGUCGCAGGUGCUCACCCAGCGUCAGAUCUUCAUUGACUAGGGUCAGAGGAGUGUUCAGACUCAGGCUGACAAGUCGCAGAAGGAGGCUCUGAAGGUCGACCUAAUGGAGGCACUCAAACGCAAACAGAACAGCUAGAGUUGCUACUGUUUUUUUAUUGUCUCACUCUCUCUCCGCCUCAUCUCUGCCAUCUUUUCUGUUUCUUUACGUCUCUCCCUUCAUGCCUGUUCCAGUGCUGCACUCUUGUUUAUUUGUGGGAAAACAAAAAAGGAGAAAAUGCUUAGCUUUUUAUGUUUGUUUUUUGUUUUGUUUUUUCUGUCUCACACAUCUCAUCUGCCAUGAAGCCAUUCACACAAGCUCUGUCUCUCUUCUCCCCUCUUUUCUCGCUGUCGCCCAUGUUACGAAUAUAAUGAUAGUAUUACCACAGUUAGUGAUAAUCUUACAGAGUGAGGGUCACUGUAGUAAUAAUCCCUGAUGCGUCCUUAGUCAGUUUGAAACGAGCAACUCUAGCACUGCUCUUCCUCUCUGGGGGAAACGGACUGUUUAGUGAUGUAGACCUGACAGUGGUGUCAUUAUGUUCAUUUAUCUCUUGCCCCUGUUAUGUCUAUACCACUCCUCAGAUAUAUUUGUAUGGAAUUAUAACUGUUCACGUAUAACUGUCAGCCUUCUGGGCGAUGUAAACAUGAGGAUGGACUUUCUGUGUGCACAAGCAAGUUUUACUUUAUUCCACUCUGUCUGCAUGCAUGUGAGCCUGUGUGGGAGCACGGAGCUGCAGAAGGAAACUUCUCAAACAUGGGGAUGGACUGUUAUCACCCUCGUCAACCCUCCACCCCUCCACACACAAACACACAGACACAUUGUGUAUAUCAUGACAGUUGCUUCCCCCUCAGUUCAAAUCAUAAAGCUCUUCUCUCUCUCUCUUCACCGAUUCUCUUUGUUGGGGGUUAAAGUUUGUCUUUGUCUCAGUGGAAACCUUGGAGCGUUUCCAUUUUGGGGGAUUCUUUUGUUGUUUUUUUGUUUUUUUGUUUUUUUGUUUUGUUUUUAUUUUGUAAAGCUUAUAAUUCAUAUUGUAUUAGAGCCUCCAGCAACAAUAAACUGUAAAAAAACUA